AUGGAUCAACUCAGCAUUAGCCCAGAGGCCGCCGACGGUCUGAAGAACCUCUCCCCAGCUGAUAGGAACGAGCUCAAUCAAUUCGUCCAGAACGAAUCCCAGAGGGCGCAAAUCCAAGGAACCGUACACAGUCUCACUGGUAAGGCAUUUGCAGCACCAUUUUGAAUUGGAAGAUCUCUGCCAAUAUCCAAGUAACGGCAGAGCCCCACCCCCGCUUAGCCACGCUUUUCGAGUUGUUCCUCUCAUUCGUAAAAGGGCUGUAUUGUCAGAGGAGCUAGUGCUAAUCAUCAGCAUAUAGACACCUGCUUCCGAAAAUGCGUCACUUCCAAAAUCACCUCCGGCGCCCUUGAUCGCAACGAAGAACCUUGCAUGCGCAACUGCGUCGACCGAUUCAUGGACUGCCAGAUGACCGUCAUCCGGAAUUUGGAGAAGAUGAGAACAACGUAA